UCAAACGUUUCAGUCUCGAAAAUCCAUUCGUGCAUUGUGGACACGAAAUAGUUGUGUGGAGUGGAAGAAUAACCUGGAACUUGGAAGUUUCAUAUAGGCGAUUUUAAUAUAAACAUAUAUUUUUACGAACGACCUUUUAGUGCAAAAAAUAGUGUUAAUUAACUAUCAAAAUGGCAGCAACCACCAAAAAGAAUAUGGAGACCGGUCAAGCGUUCGAUUCCAAUGCCAUGACAUUGACGCGCUUUGUGCUGCAGGAGCAACGCAAGUUCAAACAUGCCACCGGCGAUCUCUCACAAUUGCUCAACUGCAUACAGACAGCCAUCAAGGCCAUCGCCUCGGCGGUGCGUAAAGCUGGCAUAGCCAAAUUGCAUGGCAUAGCGGGCGAUAUCAAUGUGCAAGGUGAGGAGGUGAAGAAACUGGAUGUGCUUUCGAAUGAACUAUUUAUCAAUAUGUUAAAAUCAUCAUACACCACGGCGCUGCUGGUGUCCGAGGAGAAUGAGAAUGUGAUUGAGGUGGAGUUGGAGCGACAGGGUAAAUAUGUGGUCUGCUUCGAUCCGCUCGACGGUUCUUCGAACAUCGAUUGUUUGGUCUCGAUCGGUUCCAUCUUCGCCAUCUACCGGCGUCAAACCGAAGGUGAACCCACCAUACAAGAUGCAUUGCAGCCGGGUAAUAAAAUUGUUGCCGCCGGUUAUGCGCUCUAUGGUUCAGCCACUGCUAUUGUAUUGAGUUUGGGUGCGGGCGUUAAUGGUUUCACUUACGAUCCGGCAAUUGGUGAAUUCAUUUUGACCGAUCCGAAUAUGCGUGUACCGGAAAAGGGUAAAAUCUAUUCGAUUAACGAGGGUUAUGCCUCCGAUUGGGAUGCGGGCGUAUUCGGUUAUAUUGCUGCUAAAAAGGAUCCCAGCAAAGGUAAACCAUAUGGUGCACGCUAUGUUGGCUCGAUGGUGGCCGAUGUACAUCGUACCAUUAAAUAUGGUGGCAUUUUCAUUUAUCCUGCAACUAAAUCGGCGCCAAACGGUAAAUUGCGUCUGAUGUACGAAUGCAAUCCGAUGGCAUUUUUGAUGACACAAGCUGGCGGCUUGGCCAGUGACGGACGCAUUGACAUUUUGGAUAUUGUGCCGCAGAAAAUACACGAACGCAGCCCUAUUUUCCUGGGCUCCAAGCAGGAUGUGGAGGAAGCGUUGAGUUAUGUGCAAGCCGCGCAAAAGUAGUUGAAAAGCGCGAUUUUUGGUGCGAAAUACACAACUAAACAUUUUUUGUAUAUGUGUUUUUUCCUCACGUUUGACUUAUUACUGACUAAGAGAUUGCCAAUAUACAUAAGUUUAUUGUUUACUAGCCUAAGAUGAUGAUGCCUGAUUAAGUUUAAAGAAAAUGUGAAGACAAUGGAAAAAUUAUAUAAAAACAUAAAAGGAAAAAGCAAAAA